AUGCGUUCACACCCCCUCGCCGUAGAAAAAGGAAGCUGCAGUUGUUUGGUUCGCUGGGAUCGAUGAACGGCGCGUCACUGAUCGAUACCACUUAUUCACAGGAGGUCAACAGUUUCCCGGCACGAGACACGAAUGCGGAGUGGGUUGCUUCCUCGAUGGACAACCUGUGCAUGGAUGUGACCGGUGGUUCGAGCGUCGCCCUGGUCAUCCUGGCCUUCCUCCAGGCGGACUGUCGGGACUCGGAGUUCAGGAAGGAGCUGCAUUCUCUGGGCAACGAGUUCAAACUCACCCGGGACAUCAACUGCAAUGCCCCCAGCAUCGACCAAUUGGAGGACGGUGACCUGGAGACCGACGGCCAUCUGCCCGGCGGCGUGUCCGUGUCUCUGCAGGAUGUUCAGCCCUCAGUGGAGCUGCAGUGGCCAAGGAACGAUGAAGCUGUAGCUAACAUUCAGCAGGUCGCAGAGGGGCUGAGAGAAAUCGCAGCCCAGCUCGAAGAAAGUGUCCUGGCCCAGGCCACCAGCAACCUGAGGAGGAACAUAUCAGACUCCCCCUCUGAGCAGUGGAAAAACCAUCUGACCUUGGAGGUGGAUCGGAUAAUGAGGCACGGCAUUGGUCUGGAGCAUCUACCUCAGGAGCGGGUCUUCAUGGCCCUCACUCUCACCCUGGUUAAAGGAGUCUGUGAACAGGCCCCACAGCUUCUGAGGAGCCUCUUCUACGCUGCACUGCAGUACAUCACCCCUGCGAGGGCCAGGUGACUUCAGAGCCGCUGCCUGACAGGAAGUAACACGUACAUGUGGUGGGACAACGCCUAAAUCUGAAACUGGCAUCUGCUCCUCAUGACCAGUCCAGUGAGAACGGAGCAGUGCAAUGGUCAGUGUAGUCAACACUUUUUAAACUGAUGAAUCAUUUGAUUUUCAGUAUUCUGGAAUCAGGAAGUAUGAGUUUGUGACACUUGGAAGUUUUUUGUGGUUUUCUGUGCUCUGAAUCUUUCUGCCUGUUGACUCUUUACUUAAAACUGUUUGUUUAUAUUUGAAAUACGUGCAUUUCUUUGUAUUCUGUCAUUGUACAACUUGAAUAAAUACAGUAUUUCUGUGAUUUUUUUUUCUUUUCAAUCUUUUUUUUCAUGUCAUAAAUGUUGAGUUUGUAUAAAUGAAAUUACACUGUUGAACAUUGUAAUAAACCACUGCAAAAGAGCUCUUUUUGAUCCAAAUUUUUAUUUUUCACAUUUCAUAAUCAGUGUAUUUCAGGAAAGUCAGAGUACAAAGUGUCUUUUAAAUCCAUCCUGCUCUGUACAAUGACACUUUCCCUUAGAGAGCAGGUAGAGUAUUUUAAUGUGGAAUAUUGAGACAUACACGGAAUCAUCACUCCUGUAUCUGAAAAACCCUUAGCAACAAUUAUUAAUAUCUUAUACUGUGACUUAGUGUACUAGACUGUUUUAUUUGGGACUUCACGACUCUGGACCCAGAGGUAUUUAAUGCAGCAGCAGAACUGUACCCUGGGAAACAUGAAAAUACUUGAACCCAUCAAUGUUUCAAUUCACAAGCCAAAACAUGCUGCGUGUUCAGUGAAACACAUCCCUUGUGCAACAUGGACAAACAGAACAAAUCUCAACUAAAAUGUCUGUUGUGCAAUCCAGAUGUCUCACAAUGAAUCACAUUGCUGGUUUCAAUUUCAAUAUUAUACAUUUGGUUUGUUUACCAGAGAAAGUAUCAGAAGUCAGGGGGAACAUUUAUAACUCGAUGCUGCUUUGCAGGAUAGAAAACCUGAACUCACAGCAAUAAUAAAUGUGAACUUAUUAUUUUUUUUUUUAAACGUGAACUUUUUCUUUAGCUCAAGAUGUGUCGUCAUGGAAUUUUCCAUUGAGUCUACACUGA